UCUGAGUGUCAGUGUAAAUCAAAAUGGCGAGUGUAACGACGGUUUGUGACAGCUCUCGGCCUGUUUCGCUCGUGUUUUCGAGUAUUUGAACGGGACGCGCGUAGUUAUGUUGUUCACGUGACUGAUCUAACUCUGAAGGGUGAGUGAAGAAUGAUCAAUUAUUCGUGGCAAACAUCGAAACGCGAUUUUUCCCAAUUUCUUCGACUGGAUCGACACCCUCCUGUUAUUCCAUGGACAGUGGCGGGGUGACAUUGACGUUACUCGUCGAAUUACGUGCUUUUUCAGUAACUCGUACGUCUGAAUUUUUUUUUUUUUUCUUUUUUAACCAACGAACAAUUUACUAUUCGUGUCGAACACGAAUAAUUCUAGAAAAUAUUUUUAUUGGGUGUGAAUCGUCGAUCGUUCGAAAAAUGAACCAACGUUAGAAAGAUCGUUUGAUAGUGUUGAUUAUUAUUGUUUCGCGGAAGUGUCACGAGGUGUGUAUUGUUUCGAAAGUCGAAGUUGUGUACCGUGCACGUUCGAACGUGUAUCGCCCGCGUUCCCAAUCUCGUUGUGCGUGCUUUAUUUUUUCAUUCUAACGCUCUGUUCCGUUUGGCCACGGCACACGCAGAUGACGCGAUGACGCUGCAUUGGUGGAUGCACUGGUUCUGGGUUACCGCUCAAUUUCUCGUGAUCUUAGGGAACCCAGUGCCGUCGAGCACGGCGGAGCCGCGUGGCCAGGUGCAGGAUCGCCUGAGCUCAGAACCGACAUCCGAAAUCGCUUCUAUAGAAGCGGAGAGAUCGUCCGAGCUUCGACAGAGCUUCCGUGUAGCCAAAGCAAUCGGUCUUCAUCCUCCUACAAAUACAGCAGUGAUCUUGGACAGACAAUCGAGCACGAUCUCCACUCCCAUGGAGGUCGGUCCGAGUGCUAUCGAAAGCAGUACCGAUCCCAUAGACGAGUAUCACGGAGGAAACGCGAGCAACGCUGUCGUCAAUCUGGACACCGUGAAAAGUUUCACGCCGCAGUUAAUCAGCGACGUAGCUGGUGUAGAGAGGAUUCGAAAUACUGCAACGAAGAAGGAUAGUAAAAUCACGUGGAUCCUAACGACGAACAAAACAGGCGGUAGAUCGAAGUACGAACAGGAAGAGAAAGUCGAUGAAAAUGGGAAUCGGAACGCCAGCACGGACCAAGUGGAGGAUCUCACGGUGCUACCUCUUCAGGAAGAGGUGUCUAGAAUCAGGCUGGUACUGAAUAAAACGAAACCCUCCUCGCUUUUAUCUUCCUCGUCCUCCUCUUUCUCGUCGUCCGCUGGUAGUUCCGGCAUCAAGACGUUCAAUCGAUCUGAUGACAUCGAAAUCAACGGAGAGUUGAUAGAGGAGCCACGUGUGUUCGCCACUGCUGCUUCCAUUCUGGAAGUCGGAGUGAGCGAAUCAACACGAUUGAGCAGAGCGCGGAACGCGUUUUCCAGAGAGUUCCAAAGGGAUCAGGUACAGGGAGACCAUUUUACCGAUUACAAUAAAAGCAAUAACGAGAAGCAUGAAAGCGGUUCGAGAUCAACGGUAGACAUCGCCGCUAUUACCGGAAGCUGCGUAGCGACUGUAGUUUUACUCAGCACAAUGGGUAGCCUUGGAUUCAUUAUGUACAGACGUAGGUACCUGAAUCCACCACAAACGCUUAACAGCGACAAAUGCAGUAACCCCGAUAGUUCCGGUUAUAUCGAUGAUUCCACGAUUCGCGAUAAUUCCGAAGAAAUGUACAGCUUGGAUAAUGAUUCGUUUUUAAAUUCGCUAGAAGCGAUGACAAUACAAAAUUAUUGGACGGACAGUGUGAAGCAUACGAAACUAUGACAAAAGAAGAUAAUUCAACCCGGAAAGAGGAUCGAAACGUUCAGUAUUUCUGAUGGGGAGGCGCACGAACAAAUAUCGUUGUUGGAACAAUAGCAUGUACUUACUCGAUGAGUGCCCGGAAGAAAGUGAAUAUUUGCCGUAGUAUAAUUGUAUAGACACGCAGGAACGUUGUUUUCCUCCGAAUGUUUGAACGCAAUGGCUGGUUAGCGAUUCCGAUAAAAAUAUGAGCGAAUAAAAUAUUUUAAGUCGAAGAUUUUCAAAGACUUUUUAGGUAAAAAGAAAACUCCGUCGGUCUUACGAUUUCUUAAAGAAAGCUUGACGAUAUAUCAAAAUUGCAUGGUCUGCGCGCAUUCCUGUAUUCGCGUUAUACAUGGAACACGCGUGCGAAUUUGUGAAUAUAUCGCGUGCGAUGUAUAACGUGGUAUAUACGUGUAUCACGCACAUGCCUGAAUUUUGAUUUUGUCACUCGUUCCCUCUAUUUUUCUACCAUGAUAACAAUUGGCAAUGAUCGAGGUAUUAUUAAAGAAAGACAGCGAUACCGUCACUUUCGUCGGACUGCAACGAUCGAAUAGUGCAAUAAAAUGUACUUCAUUGAUGAGAUAAUUAUAACGAGAUAAACUUUUUAGAGCGGUAAGUACAAAUAAAACGAUUAAUGUUUAGCUAAAUAUUAUUAUAUUAAAGGCGCGAAACGUAAUUUAAUAAAACUGAAUUCCUACGAAUCGUCGGAGAACUACUCGUAUCAUGAUAAGAACUACUUCCGUACUACUUGUACUAUCUUGGAUUUCGAUUUAAUGUACUAUCUUGGAUUUAAUUUAAGAUCCAACUUCGACGUUUCUUACAGUCUUCGAACUUUUAUUGAAAGAUUAACGCGGUUCUAAAUAGAAUAACGGGAUCUGAAUACCUUCUCGCUUGCAUACAUGGUCAGCUUCGAAUAUUUUCAAGAUGUAGAAUCGGGCUAAUAAAACAUCGGACCAAAUACAUACCGUAGUUUAUAGCUUUAUGCCUUUAUAACAUAUCCAGCAAGAGGAAGUAAAGAGAUUUCAUUCUCGUCUUUUCCACUUAACUUCUAGCUUGUACAUAUGUACAUCUACAUGUACUAUACAAUUAAUUAUGUUAUUAAGUAUGUCUAUGUAUAGAUGUGCGAAUUUAUGAUGGUUCCUCGGAGCCUUCGAAAUACAGUUUACGUUCUAGUAGAAGUUAGCAUUUGUUUGUUCGAAUAUAUUUCUAUACGAACCUUGAACCGUGAACAGUGAACGAAGAGAAGGAUUUAUUGUGAUAGAUCGUAGCGUUUAAUAAAUGUAAAAUUAUUAUUAAUUCGUUUUAUGCUGAUGAUUGUGAAUAAAUCUACACGUAUAUUAUUA